AUGCUCUCUCGUGACUCUUACUCCCAUUGGGUAAUGGAGGUAUAUUCAUUCCCACCCGAUUCAAUCGGAUUCUCAGAUUGGCAUAAAAUGCUUAGACCAAAAAAUCAACAAAAUAACAAAAGCAGAAAACAAAGAGGAAGGCGUAAACAAAGAGGGAGGAGACAUCAUAAUCAUCAUUAA